CGUCCCGACGUAUCCAGCUCUCGCCACUUCCCGCCCUUUCCUACGCCUCCUCCUCCCCCUACCCCCCGCCCCCGCCCGUGCGCGUGAACCUCAUCGCGCUCGCUCGUGAACCCCUGCUCACUCGCAUUUUGUUCCUUCAAUGCAAGCGCCGCAGCUACAGGCACGCUGAUCAGCUUUUUGCGUCAGUGCAUUUCAGCGGUGUGAUGAAUUGUUUGCGAGGUUGAAGGUGUUUCCAGGAAUCAGAUGACGUAGGCUGUAGAAGUUCACAGAAAGUGCUCAUAGGGUUGAGCUAAAGCUGUGAUAGCACGGGAGGCCUACGCGCAGUUAAUCAUUUCUGAGAAGUUAUCAGGGCAUUUAAAAAGAUGGAGGGGACUCCGGUGGCUGAGAGUCACAAGAGAGAUCGUCGCCAAGCAGUGCUGAAUUCCCAAUUAAUGAAAGAGCUCAUGGAAUCUAGUGAGGAGGAGGAGAGUGAUAAGGAUGAUUUGGAUGAUGAACCACCAAGAAAACGUGCGAAUUAUGGCCAGAAGCACUCUAAGAGAGGCGGGGAAGGCGAGAAGGACAGUUCUGCGAAGACUAAGAGGCCGUACAAUCGUACAGCUCCAAAAUUUGACAUCGGGACAGCAAGUUUGAUUGAUAUCAUGAAGCAUAAACCCAAAUAUGUCAGUGAUGCAGCUAUAAAAUGGCUCGAGCGCUACGAGGCCAAUCCUGUUGACGGCUUGAACGAGCUGCUUUCCACAAUGUUUGAGGCAUGCGGUGUUACUCUGGACUUGGAUGAAGCCUCGUACGUGGAUCUCGAUGUCGAUGAUGUAGUGAAAGAAAUGCUUUCAAAGGCAAAGCAAGGUCUCGUUGAAGAUCACCUGGGGGCUAAAAAAGAUGGACGAGUGUUCAAAGACAACCUACUUUCUUUUUGGGACACUGUUGUGUGCGAGUCCCAGGAGGGUGCACUGUUUGAUCAGCAGUUGAUGGAGAAGUGCAUGGAUUAUGUCAUUGCUCUGUCUUGCACUCCUCCAAGGAUUUUUCGCCACGUUGCUACUCUGAUAGGAUUGCAGUUGGUGACCUCUUUUGUUUCCGUUGCGAAAACUUUAGGACAGUCUCGAGAGACUGCUCAGCGUCAGCUGAAUGCAGAGAAAAAGAAGCGCAAAGAAGGGCCACGUAUUGAAGCUCUUAACAAGCAGCUAUCAGAGAAGCAUGAGAAGAUAACUAUGGUUGAGGAGAUGAUGAGAAAGAUUUUCACGGGGCUUUUCAUGCACCGGUAUAGAGACGUUGACCCUGAAAUUCGGCAGGCUUGCAUCAGUGCCAUGGGGUGCUGGAUCGUCUCAUACCCUUCAUUAUUUCUUCAGGAUUUGUAUUUGAAGUAUAUUGGCUGGACAUUGAACGACAAGAAUGCAGCAGUUCGAAAUAGCUCUAUUGGUGCACUUCAAGCCCUGUAUGCGGUUGAUGAUCAUGUCCCAUCACUCUCUUUAUUUUCUGCGCGGUUUUCGAAUCGCAUGGUAGAGAUGGCAGAUGACGUGGAUUUGACCGUUGCUGUGAAUGCCAUUGGGUUGCUUAAACAAUUACUCAAGCAUCAACUUCUGAACGACGAGGAACUUGGUUCUCUUUUUGAUCUACUUAUUGAUGAAGCCCCUCAAAUUCGACAUGCAGUGGGAGACUUGGUGUUUGAUCAUCUGAUUGCCCAGUCUUCAGAAGGAGAGGAUGAUGAAGAUUUAACUGCUCAGCUUGAACGGGUUUUAAGGAUAUUAAGGGAAUUCUGCGCUGAUCCAAUUUUGUGUGAUUACGUUAUUGAUGCACUUUGGGAUAAGUGCUCAGCAAUGAAGGAUUGGAAAUGUAUGAUAACUAUGCUAUUAGAGGAUACCACCAGUAAGGAACUCAAUGAAGAGGACACCACUAUACUUGUGCGGGUUCUAUUGGCAUCUGUGAAGAAGUCAGCUGGUGAGAAGAUAGUUCCUUCUGCUGAGCAGCGCAAGACACAAACUUUUACUAAAGCUCAGAGGGAGGUACAAGAGAACAGAAAAAAGGAGAUGACCUUAGCUAUGGUGAAAUCUCAUGCCAAGCUGCUACGCAAGUAUCUGGCUGACAAUGCCAAGGUUGCUGCAAUUAUUGAGAUUGGCAUGUACAUGCAGCUUGACUUAUACUCUUUGAAGCGUCAGGAACAGAAUUUCACAACCUUACUUCAACUCAUCAAAGAGGCGUUUUUUAAACAUGGAGAUGAAAACAUACUGAAGACUUGCGUAAAAGUAUUGUCAUUUGCUGCAAGUGAAAGCCAAGGUGAUUUGCAAGAUUCUGCCAAUCAGAUUCUCAAGGAAACAGCUGAUGACCUCUUGGUGAAACUGCGGUCAGCAAUCACACAGGCAGUGGAAUCAGAAGACGAAUAUUCAUUGGCUGUGAAUUUAAGGCGCCUUUAUCAGCUGCAACUGGCAGUAAACUUCUCAGAUAAUCGCCUCUUUACUGACCUACUGGGUAUCCUCAAUGACUAUAGCAACUUGGAGGAUGAGGUGAUACGUUUGGUGUUGUUGAACGUGUUCCUACAUCUGGCGUGGGCUUUGAAGUCGAUUGAUCUCGACAAUCCUGAUGAAAAUUUUGUGAAGGAAGUGGUCACAAAGAGAAACAAAUUUAUGGAGCAGUUGCAGAGCGUACUUCAAUCUCUUCUAGAGAGCUGGGAACAGGACGAUGCUCGCUACAUCUUGACUUGCACUAUGUGUGCUGUAUUAUCAGAUUUGUGGUGCUUAUUCAGUCGGGCCAAAUUAGAAGGCACCAAAUUGCAGGCUUUGAGCUUCUGCCCCUCCAAACAAGAGCUGCAGCAAUUUUGGAAGCUUUGUGAACAUCGUCUAAAUGCCCCUGAUGGUAGCGAGGAAGAGAUACCAGAGGAACCUAAGGCUGUUGAAUAUAUGAAUGAAAAGGAUGCUAUUGUGGCAUGCGCAGCAAAAUUGAUUGCUCACGACAUGGUUCCUAAGGAUUACCUUGGACCUGCCAUAUUGUCGCACUUUAUGCUCCAUGGAAAGACUGUGGAGGAAACAGUGAAACAGCUACUGACACAAAUUAAAAAACACAGCAAACUUGAAGAACUUUCGCAUAUCUACCUCGAUGCCAUGAAGCGGGCGUACGAAAGGCACAUGGAAGAGGUCGCGGGAAGCGAUGGGGAUUUGACCCGUACUGAAUCUUAUGUAGCAUGCAAGGAACUUGGGGAUCGCCUAGCAGGAACAUUUUUCGGGUUUCAAAGAAAGGAAUUUCGUCCUAGUAUUUUAGGUAUUGUUAAGGGUGGCAUCGAUUUUGCUCUAAGUGAUCCUCCAAAGCGAGUUUCUUUUUUGGAAGUGGGGGUUUUGCAGUUCGUACAGAAACUACCAGCCGCUGACAUAAAGGAGAUCGCGGCUAAUGUGGAAGGUAAAGCGGAGGAAUUCGACAUCGAUGCGGAUCCUGAUGGAUGGCAACCUUACUCGUCAUUCGUUGACGCUCUUCGGGAGAAGAUUAUACGCGCUGAACCGACUGAGAGAGAAGCCGGAAGACCUCCGAGACCUGGUAGAAAAAAACGCGAUUUGAAAGGUAAGAAGCUAUUUGAGAAUCCAGAAACAAGUAGUGAGGAAGAGUCGCCUCCAAGUGAGUCCGAGGAUGCCGCUGAAGAGGACGACGAUGAUGAUGACAACACACCACUUUUUCAUGUUCGACAUACAAUGCGUCGAACAGCUAGCAGCAAUAGAAACGCACAAAAGCGUCCUCCGCGUACUCCACCGUCGAAAGUCCGAGAGCCUGACUUAACACAAGCAACGUCAGCUGAGAUUACUCUUGAAGAGCAGGAGGUAUCAGAGGAGGUAUUUGGCAGAGGACCAUUGAGUCCUGAUGAUCCAUUGAUGAUAGGCUCUGCAACUGAAGAACAACUUCCAGUUAUGCAGUUUGGUGAAGUCGAUUCUAAUGCAACCCGUGGUGAACUCAGCAAGGAAACGGAGGAAGCGCAGGAUCCUUACAGCACUGCAGAUGAUGCACCACAGGCUACUUCUGUUAGGAGCAAACGUCCAGUAUCUUUUUCAUCUGAUGAUGAGGACGACCAGCCUGCUGGAAAGAGGGCACGGCCAGAGUAAUAUCCUGCCUCGUUAGUUGCUCUAGGCGACCAUUCACUGAUUGUUCAUGGUAACCUAUGGCGGUCUUCGGCGAUUCUUGCUUUUCUUGACAUAAUAGGAAAAGAUCCUGCAAAUGUACAUCUCGUGAAUCUGACCCUCUGCCUCUGCGUGGGGCUGUGCCUUGGUUCUUUAGCUUAAAACUCUCUUCAGCUCUAUAUCAUGAGCUAGGAAAGAAAAAAAUUGCUGCUAUGUUACGUUAGCCACCCUUCCUUCGACUUGUACAGGCUUGAAUCAAGCAAGUCAUUGUGGAAGCUGUCUUUCACAGCAUGUACAUUCAUUUCCGUGUUUAACAAUAGAACUGUCUUAGUGCUCGAUAUUGUGUAGGGGGGACAGUUGGCAUUGUUUUAUCAAUUGAACUCCUUCGUUACUGAACGUACCUUAUGUGGUUAUUCGUUUGCCGACCCCUAGUUCGUUUUUGAAUAGCUGGGAGUUUCUUGUCUUGGUGUAACAAUAGUUUGAUCGCAGACUUUGCGACAUUUUGCAUCCAGUAAGUGGGAGGUCUAUUUCUAAUUAAGAAUUUCAUUGCUGAA